AUGAGAUUAGUCAUAGGCUGCCUGCUCUCCGCCCAGCUGACCGACCGCCUGGGCGUGCUGCGGGUCAUCCAGCUCGGCACGCCCAUCAACCUGCUGGCCUGGCCUCUGAUGACCCUAACCAGCGGCAUGACCACGAUGGUAGCCGGAUCGAUCCUGCUUGGGGUAUUUGUAGGCCUCAACGCGUUCGGAGGACGGCUAUACAUCGCCGAGGUGAGCUCAGUGCACCGUAGGGCCACACUCUGCUAUCUGCCGACCACCGCGGUCGGUGUGGCCCUGUUGGCCUGCUUCUCGCUCAGUGCUGCCAUCCCGUGGCGAUACGCGGCACUACUCUGCGGCUGUGUGCCCUCUGUUCUGCACUUCUUUGGAGCGACUCUGCUGCCAAACUCGCCAAGAUGGCUCUUGCAUCACGGCGCUGCCGAGGAGCAGGCCCGGAAAUCCAUCGCUUUCUACCGUGGACCACAAGCGGACAUAUCGUCUGAGCUUAGGGAUAUCCGGCUCUCCCUCAAAGGCGGCAAGAAUCUCAAUAUUCUCCGGCAGGCCAAGCUACUCUUCACCGACUGGUCGGUGGCGCGGCCCUGCCUGCUGCUGCUGAUGCAGUACGUCUUCGACGUCUUCUGCGGCGGACUGGUGCUCGCUCAGUACGCGCCCGGCAUCUUUCAGUCGGUCGUGGCCUCGCUCUCUGCCGCCCAGUGCUCCCAGUUGUUAGCCGCACUGCAGGUCUGCGGGCUCAUAUGUUCGGCGACCCUACUGCGCUGGUGGGGUAGGCGCAUCGUUCUGAUGACUGCUGGAGCCCUCGCCUGCACCGGAAUGCUAAUCGUGGCAGCGUUCUACUACUUUGAGGACUCUCUCUCCGAGUACAGCUGGCUGGUACUGCUCGGGGUCGUCCUGGCGAACGCAGCCAGCUCCGGCGGAGUAUCGCCAAUCUCCCACGUCAUCUGUGGCGAACUCCUUCCUCUCUCCAUCCGCCCUCUCUUCGGCAACGUGCUCUCACUCUACCUGGGCGGCAUGUCCCUCACCUUCCUCAACAUCUUCCCGCUCCUGAGGUCGGCGCUCGGCUCGCACGGCCUGUUUGCCGCCCUGGCCGGGGUCAAUGUACUGCUGAUGCUCUAUGCCGCUUUUCUGCUGCCCGAGACUCGAGGGCUGAGUUUGGAGCAGGUGCAAAUGAGGCACUUCAGCAGUAAGAAGAAAACCGCGGCGGUGGAAGCGAACGGAGCAGCAGUGGCGGCGGAAGAAGGGAAGGCAGUGGUGGGGGAAGCUGGGGAAGCGAAAGUGGCGGAGACAGCGGGCGAUGCGGCGGCGAUGGAGGCGGAGGAGACGGCGGUGGCGGCGAAAGCAGGGGAGGCGGCGGAGACAGAAAAUGAGGUACCAGCGCUGAGCACGGAGGAAAGGGAGGUGUCAACGGCUGCGGCGACGGAGCCAGGACUGGAGGCCAAAGCAGAACCUGCAGACGGUGAGAGGGCAGCCCGCGCCAGUAUCCGAGACCGAGGGGGAGAAACAGACAAUAUCGUUGGCACCGGCCGAUUCGGAGGGAGAGAAAUGAGGAGGGAAGAAGACGGAACAGAGAGAGAUGGAAAGGGAAGGAAGGAUUAAAGCCGGAGCAGAGGAAGAUGAAAAUGAAGUGGCAUAACAUCCGCACUGAUAAGAAAGCAAGGAUGGCUUACAAAACGGGAUGCAAAAUACGGGUGUGACCGACGAUCAACUUCCUAAUGUAGAUAACGACCGGCUGGAUGAGCGAAACCAGCAGACAAAGUGCAUAGCUUGGAGUCGGACAGGCACGCAUUGUAAUCAACAACACAAGCCAGCUGAGCUGGCAAGGGACCAACUUAGGAUGGCCUCCGCCCCAACCGACUGUGUAAAAGGCAGGGAACAAUGGAGAGUCGAAGGAAGGACCACCGUUCUAGGAAAACCAGAGGCCAGACAAGUGUCGUGAAUUCUGGACCAAGAAAGAAACCAGGCAGAGUGAGUGGAGCAAACGAACUAGUUAUGCUACGUCAGUAACGUAACGAACUGAUUGGCCUGUUGUAUGUUUUCCGAUAAGGAUGGAAGAGAUCCAACGCCUUAACAGUAAGAUGCUGAACUAUGUUACCAUAGAAAUGCCCAGUCACCUUGGAUUUUGUUACUGAGAGUGUCGAGUCAUGUUUAAAUAUAGCAAUGCAUGUAAACUCA